UGUAACUAUAUGUAAUGUUGCGUCAUGUCCAACCGUCUUUCUUUUCUUCAUACUUAUUUUUUAUUAACUAAUUAAUUACUAGGUAACAGGUAUACAUACUUGCCUUACCCAUCUCCUACAUAACAAUCCGCAAACCCCAUGUUCACCUUCUCUCGCCCAAUCCGACUCUUCUCCUCCAUCUCGCAACAUCUCCAAAAAAACCCCCUCAAACGAAAACGCCUCCGCACCAACGAUGCCGUAGCCGCCUCCCUGCUGCCGCCUCCCGAUCCCGUGCUACGGCGGGAGGUCAUAUCCAUCUACAAGGAGCUCCUGAACCGCGGCCGCGACUAUCCCAAGGGCUACGACUACUUUCGGCAACGGCUCCAUAAGGCCUUCAAGGAGAAUGCGUCGAUACGCGACGCGAAGCAAAUCCAGAAAAAAAUUAAACAGGCCAAAUACAUACAAAGAGAACUCGAAGCCCUGUAAGUCUAAUUGUCGAAUCUAUUCGUUACGACUCCAUCAAUACCCGGCAGGUCACUUUUCACGUAUACUAUAAUUUCGCAACGACUUCAUCCAACCCUAUUCCAUUCGUAUCGUCUAUAAACAUCAAGCUCUCGGGCUUAGUGGCCAAUUCCUUUAUAUAACAUCCCAGGACGAACAUUGUUCUGCGCCUGGUUUAGUUCCACCACACAUAUACACCAUACAUAUAUACUCGUCACAUAUUCCCGAUCAUGUCUCCCGCCCAAUGCACCCGAUAUAUAUGUAAAAAUAAAAGAGAUAAAUAAGACAAGAAAAGAAUAUAGCCAGGAUCCCAGUCCCGAAUAUGCACCACCAAAACCUAUCCC